GGGGGAUCGGGGCUGUGUCCCCACUCUGCCCCGUGCCUCGCUGAGCUGCUGCCAUCUCAUCUCUAUUCCAGUGUCCCCUCCAUCAACCUGAGCGGCUGCAAGUACGAGAGUGAAAAUCAACCACUUCCCAGGCAUGAUCGAGCUGUGCCGCAAGGACCUGCUGGCUCGAAACCUGAACCGCAUGCUGCGGCUCUUCCCCAAGGAGUACAACAUCUUCCCCCGCACGUGGUGCCUGCCAGCCGACUAUGGAGAUUUCCAUGCCUACAGAUCCAUAAAGAAAACAAGAACAUUCAUCUGCAAGCCUGACAACAGCUGCCAGGGAAGAGGGAUCUUCAUAACCCACCAUCCGGAGGAGAUCAAGCACGGGGAACGCAUGAUCUGUCAGCAGUACAUCUCUGAGGUCUGCUGGAGGUGCUGGUGUGGCUGUGGAACAUCGGGGACACAGACAAAGCACAGGCAGGUGGAGCAGUUCCUCACCUCACCCUUGCUCCUGCCUCUUUCCUCACAGCCCUUCCUCAUCGAUGGCUUCAAGUUUGACAUGCGCAUUUAUGUGCUGGUCACGUCCUGUGACCCACUGAGGAUUUUUCUCUACAAGGAGGGCCUUGCCCGGUUUGCCACCAUGAGGUACAUCGAUCACAGCACCAAAAACCUGGGUGAUAUCUGCAUGCACCUGACCAAUUAUGCAAUCAACAAACACAAUGAGAACUUUGUCAAGGAUGACAUGGUGGGCAGCAAGAGGAAGCUGUCCACUCUGAAUGCCUGGAUGGCAGAGCACAGCUAUGACACAUCAAAGCUCUGGGCAGAUAUUGAUGACAUUGUUAUCAAGACACUGAUUUCGGCUCACCCUGUGCUGAAACACCAUUACCAGAGCUGCUUCUCCAGCCACCCUACUGGCUGCGCCUGCUUUGAAAUCCUGGGCUUUGAUAUUUUGCUGGAUAGAAGGCUGAAGCCAUGGCUGCUGGAGGUGAACCACUCUCCCAGCUUCAACACAGAUUCUCAGCUAGACCAUGAGGUGAAGGAUGCCCUUCUGUGUGACACCCUCAACCUGAUCAAUGUGCACGCCUGCGACAGAAAGAAGGUGCUGGAGGAGGACAAGCGGCGGGUAAAGGAACGGCUCCUUCAGGCCAAUCAGAUUCCCCGUGAGUCCAGGCGCCGGGAGCAGGAGAGCAGCCAGGCUGCCUGGCUGGCACAGGCUGAAACCUACGAGAACGAGCACCUGGGGGGGUUCCGACGUAUCUACCCAGCUCCUGGGACAGAGAAGUAUGAGCCAUUCUUCCAGCAGAGCAGGUCCAUCUUCCAGGAAACAAUAGCAUCCAAGGCACGAGAAGAGUAUGCCAGGCAGCAGCUGGAGGUGAUGCGCCUGAAAAAUGAAAAGCUGGAAGCUGCCAUCAGGAAGAAGAAAACAGAAAGAAUGCAGAAUAGAAGCACAGCUCCUACAAUCCACCUCUCCCACAGAAGCACUAAGGCAUGGGAUGGAAAGGUGCAGCGCAGGCAGUACAACUCCAUGCAGCCCCAGGACAUCGUGGAACAUGAAGAGAAGAGGAGAGUGAAUGCUCUGCUGCAGCGUGAGAAGCUGAUCCGACACCUGGGCAUCACUGAGCAGCUUUCCCGGCUGCUCCCCACAGCUGACACCCAGGGAUCCUGUGUGCUCCAGAAACAGCUGCAGUUUCCCUGGGAUCUCCUCAGGGACCACAACACCCAUGAUUUAAUGAUGCUUAUCUCACUCCUGGGAGUCCCAGCUCAGCCCUUGGGACACAGGAUCAUGCCCAGCCCUAGAGCCCAGGCCCUGCCACGGCACACCCCAGGCCCAGAUCCCAACGACAUCCAGACCCUGUGCAUUCAAGGCCGGAGUGUCCCGUACCACGCGCGGCAGGAGGGCCCCCGGGCAGCGGCCACCCAGCCCUGUGCCCAGCCUAAGGGGCUGCAGCUGUGUGACCAGCAGCUCCCUGGCAUUGGAACCCAGGCUGAAGGCUAUGAUGCCGGUAGUCUGUCAUCCUCCGAUGAAAGCAGCUGUCCCCCGGCUUCCCCAGCCAGCCCAGGGCAGGGUGAUGGCAUCUUCCACUGCGCUGUGGUCCCGGAGCUUCCCAUCAGCACUGCCGUUCACACACAGCACACACAUGGCUCACAUCAUGGCAGAGCCUCGCAAUGCCAGUGCGUCACACCACGCCAGGACCUCGCCCCAUGCCAGUGCCUCACGCAUUCACAGCACGAAAAGCACAGGUAAC